ACGCCCGAAGCUCCGCCCACUUUCUGUCGCUGCAGUUCAAACAGCUUCGUCUGCGCGUGCACUUGAGUUGAGUUUCCAGGGCUCGAGCGGUGCUGUAUCAGGAUUUGUUUGUGUCUGAAUCCAGCGUAGGAGCGCGUGCGGUGCGACUGGACCUGGAGGUUUGUACUGAGGACCUGCGGUGGGAAUAUUCACAGAGUAAGCAUCGUGCUGAGCGGCGUGGACGGAGCAGCAGUCGAUAUGCUUAUCUGACAUUGACUUGACUGCCAGACAGGCGGCAAACUCCAUCAGAUGAGGAUGAGGAUGAGGAUGAUGAUGAUGGUGAAGCUUCUGCGCUAAUGCCUGAUGGUUUGGGAAUGAUGGACGUUCCUAAUGGCCAAGCCAGUGUCUCCACUGCGAUCACUUCAGAGAAGAGCAGCAGUUCAGAGUCUCUGAGUGAUAAGGGCUCGGCUGAGCUGAAGAAGAGUUUCGACGCUGUUGUCUUUGAUGUGUUAAAGGUCACGCCGGAGGAAUAUGCAGGGCAGAUCACACUUAUGGAUGCUCCAGUGUUCAAAGCCAUUCAGCCUGAGGAACUCUCAAGUUGUGGCUGGAACAAGAAAGAGAAGUACAGUUCAGCUCCCAAUGCUGUGGCUUUCACACGAAGAUUCAAUCAGGUGAGUUUCUGGGUGGUGCGGGAGAUUCUUCAUGCCCAAACUUUGAAGAUCAGGGCAGAGGUUUUAAGUCUGUACAUCAGGACAGCGAAGAAACUGUGUGACAUGAAUAGCCUCCAUGCGGUGAUGGCAGUGGUGUCAGGUUUACAGAGCGCUCCUAUUUACAGGCUCGCCAAAACAUGGGCUCUGUUGAGUCGUAAGGACAAGGCUACAUUCGAGAAACUGGAGUAUCUGAUGUCUAAAGAAGACAAUUACAAGAGACUGAGAGACUACAUCAGCAGCCAGAGUAUGACUUCUUGCAUACCGUAUCUAGGUAUCUAUUUGUCUGAUCUCACCUACAUAGACUCGGCGUAUCCCUCCACCGGAAGUAUUCUGGAAAACGAGCAGAGGUCCAACCUGAUAAACAACAUUCUGAGAAUCAUCUCGGACCUGCAGAGAUCGUGCGAAUAUGAUAUACCUGAACUGCCCCACGUCCAGAACUAUCUCAACUCGGUUCACUACAUUGAGGAGUUACAGAAGUUUGUGGAGGAUGACAACUACAAGUUGUCUUUAAAGAUUGAGCCAGCCACAAGCACACCUCGCGCAACUGCCUCUCGAGAAGACCUCGUUGGUUCGGAUGCCUCUGGUUCACCCAUGUGUAGUCGCCGUGGCAACUCUGCCGAUGCUGGCCUGCCUAAAGUCCCAGGUACACCGCCUUCCCCACGCAACCUCCUACCUUAUGGACACAGGAAGUGUCACAGCCUGGGAUACAAUUUCAUUCAUAAGAUGAACACGGUAGAGUUUAAGAGUGCUACAUUCCCCAACGCUGGAUCCAGACACUUGCUGGACGACAGUGUACUGGAGAGCAACACACCUACACGAGGACAAGCAGAGAGCUCCACUCUGUCCAGCGGUAUCUCACUGGGAAGCAGCGAAGGAUCUGAACUCAGUGAAGAAAUGUCUUGGCCUGCAUUUGAAAGGACGCGUUUCUACCACUCUCUGGGCCCAGUGACCCGAGUAGGCCGCAUCUCCUGCAGAGGAGGCCUCAGGCCCAGCAGCUCAGCUGAGUCGGAGGAGCUGGCUGUCCACCUGUACCCCGGAGCAGUGACCGUGCAGGGAGUGUUACGCAGGAAGACCAUCCUAAAGGAGGGCAAGAAACCUACAGUUGCUGCAUGGACCAAGUACUGGGUCGUGCUGUGUGGGACUCAGCUCUACUAUUACACUGCCAAGUCUCUCAAAGCCACCGAGAGGAAGCAUUUUAAAUCGACCGCGAGUAAGUGUGUCCCUGUGGUGGGGUUGAUGACCAUGAUGGCAGAUGACCCGGAGCAUCCCGAUGUCUUCCUGCUGACAGAUUCUGAGCACGGAAACUCAUACAAGUUCCAGGCAGGGAACAGAAUGAACGCGUUGCUGUGGUUUAAACACCUGAGUGCAGCGUGUCAAAGCAACAGACAACAGGUUCCGGCAAAUCUAAUGUCCUUCGAAUGAAAGGUCCAAUGAGAUGGCGAAAGAACUGUUUAAAAGGCGGAUGCUCCAAGACGGGGGAGCGUAGAGGUUGGGGAGUGAUGGAGCGAGAAGAGGAGUGGAGAGAGUAACUAUUUUCCAGUAGCUUUUCCACUGCCAUCACCCAGCCUGAGUCUCACUGCAAAGCCGUCCACCACCACUGCCUUACAGAGCGGAGCAAGAGUCUCCUUCCGUGUCUGUGUCUGUCCGUCCAAAACUCCACUUCCUCUCUCCUUUCUUUUACUCUCGUCCCCAUGGCAACGUCAUUCUCUCAUUUACAGUCUCUUUCUCUACCAAAGUAAGUACCCUCUCCCUCGGACCUUCUUCUGUUUUCAUCCAGCGCACCAACUGGAUCUCUGGGAAUUUACUCCAUCUGCACACCUUUACCUACUUGUUGUCUAUAACAAUCCCUUCUCAUGGCUUAUCAGCUGGGCACAAGAACCGUCCUCAAGUGGCGUGAAAAUCUGAACUCUUCUCCCCGUCAUGCAUCACACACACACCCCGCCCAGGACAUUACGGGACUUUUGCAUCUCAAAUAAGGAGACUGUUUUUAAAAUGAGGCUGCCACAUUUAGGCCACUCACUCCCACACUCCCACACACACACACACACACACACAGUCCACACUCAUGCACGCCCAUUGUCGCACACAUCGAUUUGAUUCAUACCCUUGAGUUGGGCUCAAACAAGCAUGACACAAGAUUUUCCAAAUGCAGGUUUAACUGCAUGAAUUGGAAGUGUCUCAUUUGUUACAACCAUUUUCAACUUAAGUGGAGGAAAAAAAAGGGCUCUGAUACUCUAAUGAAUUCCAUGUGAAAAGUAUUUCCUUAAAAUUCUUGAUUACUUGCAUCACCUUUUUAGAGAUUUGUAUAAAUUACACCUGCAUGCACUCACUCUCGUAUAUUCAUUCACACCUUUUCACACACUAUCUGUCUCUCACACACACACAUCCAGGUACAAAGUUGUGCAUUCAGGACAUGAGUUGUGCAUUUUUAUACGUAUAGUCAGAGGCACUUAAGCUUUCUGUCUCCGAGAGAGUUGGUUUGUGGAGGGGAAGUGAGAACAUAAAGAGGAAGAAACCCGAUGUAACUUCAAUGUCGAUUUUAAUUAUUGGGUUUAUGUGUGUGUGAGGAAACUAUGGCACAGGAUGCACGGGAUAGGUAGGGGGUUUGGGGAUUCUAGAGCAGGUGCUCCCUGCUUUAUGGUACGAUUGAAUCUAAAAAAGCCUCUGAAAAGAGAGGUGGUCUGUACAGUCUUUUUUUAAAAAAAAAAAAAAAAAAAGAAGAAGAAGAAAAAAGAAAAAAUAUCUCCGGUCUCUUUCUUCCAAAUCUCUCUCUCUCUCUCUCCAAGUUAAAAGUCAGAAUCUAAAAAGUGGCUCCAAGGACACACAUAUGCGCGUUUUUCGUAUUUACAGUACUUGAAAGCUGUGAAUGUCAGUUACAUUAUUGUCUGUAAUCUCACUGGUGGUUUAACGUUUUUUCCUUAAACUUAUAGUUUGUUCUAACAGAUAGGAUUAAAAAAAAAAAAAAAAAAAAAAAACGAGACUGUUUGAGGUGGGCGUGGCUGCAUGUGUUUUGAAUGUGACUACAGUAACUGUACUAUAACGAGCACACAAAAAAAUAAUAAUUCACAGUUCAUUCAAAGAAGCUAUUCAGGAGCCAAUUGCCUACUUUUUAUUGUUUACUUUACAAGUUUGGUUUAUUGUUUAAGUUGAGUUUUAUUUGCAGUAUUACAGUAGGGUUAUGUAGGUUCCAUUGCACUGGUCCUAGGAUGUUUUAAUUUCUCUGUUACAUUUUGUUCAUUUUAACUUUUCCGAUGUGUUUUAUUUUUGCUUUGUGUUUUUUUUUUGUUUCCCCCUUACCUCUCUAUUGUAAAUGUAUUCAACUAAGAGUUUACUUUACGGGACGUACAGGACUACAUGUCAGGUUGUUAUUGCGUUAUUGAAUGCUCCUGACUACCAGAAGCCACCUGCACUCACUAGGCUUUUAAUGCAACUACAGUACUGUGCGAAAGUCUUGACUCCCCGCCUUAUUUCUUCAUAUGUUGCUUCCAAAGAACCAGACUUUCCUACCUUUUAUUAGUAAUCUUUCAUGGCUCUCAUUUUCAGAAUCAGAGCAAUGUUUUUUUUUGUUUAUUAAGCCACACAGUGCGACCUAUGAAUAAUUCAAGGAUCAAAAGCAACUACAUUAAGGCAUAAACCAGUGAGAAACAUGUGCAGAUGAUGACAAUUGAUCAGGAUGUGAUUAGUAUACUGGUGAUGCUAAGUGCAGAGUGAUCCAAAUGAGAGGGGAAAUGAGGUUACUGCUGAGGUCGGUACAUAAACAACUGGUUUUUAAGUUGUAUCCUUAGGUUUUUUUACACCCUGUCACACCUUUUCCCAUUUAUUUUAUUUAAUCUACAUAAUUUAAUACAAAGACAUAAGGGGUAGCUCGAGACUUUGAAACUUUUGCACAGUACUGUAUGUCAGACUCUAUAGGGAACAUGAAAGGAAGUUUGAUCAAACGGAGAGCAUUACUGUUCAAAGGAGACGAAUUUACAGUUGGAACGGGCCGUUGAAGCUAUUUACCUUCUUUCUUUUUCAUGUUAUUUACUCUCUAUUGCUUUUUAUAGUGUUUUCUUUCUUAAAAUAAUUAGCACCCGAGUGCUUUCUCCUGCCGGCAAGAGUGUAAUGAUGCCUGGUUCAUCUGCUAGUUUAUGGGAUCUCUGAGAGCACAUAGUAGAAAAAUCAGUCCAAUAUGUUUCUUUUUUUUUGUUGUUUUUUUUCCAAAGAUUGUCCAGAAUUGUGUUACACCUAAAAUAAGGCUCGGUGUCCAAGAUGACGAGAGUGACAUCCUAGCAAUGUUCCCAUGAGAAGUUUAAUAUGCCAUAGAUUUAAAUGAUAUUGAUGUGGACUGUGUGUUUUAUGCCAGUUUUGCAAAAGCGAAAUGUGAUUUCAGCGCCACAUACACAGAUACAUACACACAAAAAAAGAAGUGUUUAUGCACCAAUCUUAUCACAUAUUUUCUUCAUAAGAAGCCAAACCAAGACUUUGCGUAACAGUGUGGUUUUGGCUCGCAUUUUGAGGCCAGAUGAAGUCAGUCAGACGAUGUUGUUUAGGCAGGAAGCUUGUUUGUGUGUUAUGUUCCGAAUGCGUCUGUGGGAUUCGGCGGCAUCUCUGUUCUCAGCUCGGCGUUAUACAGAACGUAAGUUCACACUUUUAUAGCUGAAAGAGAGUGAAGAACGUGCUGGGUUAGAGUUUUAUUCCCUAGACUACUGGGAAGUGCAGUGUGUAUGUGUGCGUGUGUUUAAAGCCCCCUUGGUUCAACAAAGUGUCAGGAUUUAGUGCUGCUUAAAGAGCUUUUUUUGAAUGGUCAAGCCGUCACAUAUUUCAUUGUAUUACCCCCAAGUCUCCUGCAUUGAUUCUUUAAAUGGUUUUCCAUCAGGCAUAAGAUUAAAGUCCUUUAAACAGUUGAAACAGAAAGACUAUUGGAGGGGAAACCUGAACAACAAAACAACACAACGUUUAGCAAAAAAUAUCAGUCGCUUUUAUAGAAAAAAGUGACAAAAAGACAAAACGUUCACUAUAAUAACUCACUCAAACUGUCUUUUCUUUUACGUCGGACUUUCUGCUGUCUGUCUUUCUGAUGCAGUAGUUAUAUAAGUUUAGAUUCAGAAAUACAUUUGAUUCAUGAAUGUGACUGUACAGCAAAAAUAACCAGCUUUCAUGAGUUAAAGUUCUGGACUAGAAUGGGAUCAUUGCUCUUUGUGUGUAUUAUAUGUUGUAUUUUUAAUAUAUUUUCCCCCCUAACUAUUUACAUUUUUUGGGACACUCUGAAUGUCACACAUUCAUUAUAACUUAAACUAACACUCUUAUUGUUAUUAUUAUUGUUAUUAUAUAAACGGUGUACAUCUUUUACAAAUGCACAAACAUCUGAGAGAUUUUGCAGUUUGCCUGUAGCUUUUUUUUCUUCUUCCACUGACCUUCAUGAGAUGGGAUAGAAAAAUGCAGAAUGUCAUGAAAUGAUUUUGUUCUGUGUGUGUCAGCAUGAAUUGGUUCACACGGGGACAGUUUUUCAGAGACGUCCAUCAUUGGCGUCACUUACACCCAUUCUGCAUCCUUCUCCGUUGUAUCCAGCCUCUGUGUCCCCCUGCCCAUGUAGCGCUAUGACCUCUGACUGUAGAGAGAUGUGCUCUUGGGUUCUUGAAUAAACAUGUGUGACCUUUUUCUAAA